AUGUCCCAUUCGCUAUCACAAGACUCGAUGUUGCUAGCUAUUUUUAUCAGGGCUGAUUACGUUUGUAAGUCUGUGGCCAGUAAGAGAGCUUCAAUUACGCCAACUACAACCUUAGACCCGCGCCAGCAGCCAAAACCUCAACUUGAUCCUGAGUAUAGCAGCAGAAUUGAAAUGGCCGAAGCACUUGGCAUCGCGUCCGGCGCCGCGGGCCUCCUGAGUCUAGCGAUAGAAGUCACCAAGCUCAGCUACACCUACAUCGCCAGCGUUCGGGGUGCGCCUAAAUCGUUAACCUCGUACAUUGCGGAGCUUACAACGCUCACCUCUGUUCUGCUACAGCUCGAAGACCUCAUUCAGGCUAAGGGGUUCAACAGCCAGAAUAUUCAGGCUCUCAGUAAGGCUUUACACGACUGUCAACGGGAAAUAGAACACCUGAGGGCAAAACUAGAGAAAAAGCUGUCGUAUGGCAGAAUCAAGGCCAAGGUGGCUGCUUUGGCUUGGCCGUUGUCGGAAUCCGAGUUGCUGGACAAAGUAAAUAUGCUGCAUCGCUACAAUAGUAUUUUCUCAUCUGCCUUGCAAGCUGAUAAUUUAACAGUGGCAGUCGCGACGAACAAAGAGCUGCGAGACAUUAGGCAGAGUACCGAAGUAAAAGAAAUAAUUGCCUGGUAUAAGUCCGAUGCCGCAAUUGAGGCUUCAACCUCUCACCUGGACGAUUACUGUCCCUCUACAUGGCAGACGUUUCUAUCGGGCUCUUUCUAUCAAUCAUGGCGGAGUGGCUCAACACCCGUCGUUUGGGGAUAUGGACAACCUGGUGCUGGGAAGACAGUAUUGGCGCAACUCGAGGAUACUAACUCCAUUCAUAACAGCGCCCUCGUUCUUCGACAUGUCAAGUCUGAAAACUUCCUCGGUGCAACCAUUGCCUCACAGUUUUUCAGCAGCAGCAGGCCCAAGGAAACUGUAAGCAAUUUCCUACGAAGCCUGAUCGCCAAAGCGCUCCGUGGCUGCCCUGUCAUCCCCCAAGAAGCAUCGGCCUUGUACGAAAAAGGUUCCCAAAAUUUAAUGAUGACCGAUCUGACGAAUGUCCUUGGGGCGAUUGCCAAGUCAGUGACGACGUGUAUCAUUCUUGAUGCACUUGACGAAUGCCCCUUUCUUCCCAAGCUUUUCAACAUCCUGUCGACAUUGCAGGAUCUGGGAGUGCGAAUAUUUGCAGCAGCUCGGGAUCUGCCAAAGAUUAGGAAGCAUUUCGAGAAGAGGCCAAGGGUAGAAAUUUCUGCCACUAGACAUGACUUGGAUUUCUACGUCAACUACCGAUUGGAGCAUGGAGAAGUUGACGUUGAGUCAAUUGGACCAGAACUGAAGUCGGCUAUCGUGACUGCAAUUGUGAAAAGGGCGGCGGGGUCGUUCCUACUUGCUCGGCUCAUCAUGGAUCACAUCUCCAGCCUGCUCACAAUCAAGGAAAUACGAAAAGCUCUGAUCUCGUUGCCCGCUAAUUAUGACGAGGCGUACCUAAGCACGUUUGACCGUAUAGUCAAGCAAACCCCUAGCCUGAGGGGCCUGGCUUUGAAGUCAUUGAACUUCAUCUCUUACGUCAAAGAGCCUUUGCGAAUGGUCGAGCUGCAGCACGCCCUCAUUGCGGAAGAAGGCAUGGCUGAAGUUGACCCCGAGGAUCUUCAGCCCGCCAAAGCUAUCAUCUCAUCAUGUCUUGGACUGCUUGUGGUUUCAGGACCGGAGAAAAUCGUCCAGCUUGUACACUCGACUGCGCAAAGCUUCCUACAGAGUCGACCUGAAGGGAUGGAUAAGCGGCCCCAUCUGACGAUUGUUCGCAGUUGCAUCUCGUACAUGUCAACAAAUGAGAUGCGCCAGGGCUGUAUUGAGAUUCUUCUCAGAUCAGGAGCCAGUCCCGAUCUUCCGGAUCUUGCAGGAUGGACGCCAACAUUCUGGGCAGCCUUCAAGGGCCAAACGGAUAUUAUUGAAAUGCUCUGGCGCUAUGACAAAGCUCCAUUCCGAUGCGAUAAUAAAGGGCUCACUCCACUUCACUGGGCAGUAUCUGCGGGCCAGUCCGAAAUUGUCAAGCGGCUUUUAAAUCUCAAGACACGUUUUAAACGGUAUGAAAGGUCACCAGUACUUUCACUGCCGUCACUCGACGAGUUGACAGUGGAGAGAGCUCGCGCCAUGACAACCAGGGCAAACGAGAGUCCUUUCAAGUUGUACUCGGACGGAACAGAUAUAGAAAUGUUUUCUUCCAUCUUCAGCGCUCUAAAGCAGAGUUUUCGUGAGAGAGAAGACAAACCUCCAGAAAGGAAUGAAGGCUAUUAUACAUUUGAUCCGUUCCUUUAUGGACCCUUUGGACAGAGCCUUAAAGCUGAUCACGGAAGAAGAGCGAGGCCGGACCGUGACUACCAGUGGGGGAAACCAGAUGUAGGAUUUCUUGAGUUUGUGGAUAAGCUGCUGAUUCAUGCUGUGCGGUCGCAGGACUUGCCUAUCAUCAAACUGGCGUUUGAUCUCAAGCUUGUGAAAGCGUCUGGGAUAGAUAGCCUUGCUCUUCUUCACGAAGCGGCAGCAACUGGAUGGGUCGAGGGAAUGGCUGCCUUGAUCGGCCUAGGGGCAGAUGUCAACAAUGCGGAGAGAAGUUAUAAGCAAACACCUCUACACAGAGCUUGUCAAAACCAACGUGAAGAAGCAGUCAAACUGCUCCUUGGCAUCGACAAGAUUGAUAUCAAUGCUCAAGCCAGAAAUGGAGGAGCUUCAAUCUCUAUUCAAGAUGCAGAAGGCAAUUGGCUUAUGCAUUACGCCUUACGGACCUGCAAUGGUACAACCGUGCAAAUGUUAUGCACUACCGGACUAAGCAUAGAAUCUCCAAACAAAAAAGGCCAAUUACCGUUGCACUGGAUGGCCCAAUGGAAGUACUUUGACUUUCGGAAGGAUGUCACACCUGAUCAAGUCCAAGCUGUGAGGGAAAAGCGAACGGAUUGCAUGAAGCUCGUCUUUCAGCUCUCAAGUCCUAGCUUCCUGGAUUCUAUGUGUGAUUGGGAAGAUGGAGCAACGGCUUGUAGGCAAACGCCUUUAUCAUUGGCUUUGAAAAGUCACAAUUGGGAUCUUGUAGCCGAGUUGUUGAAACACAUCAAGCAGCCUGCGAAUAUGAGUUCCUUGCUGGAUCCAUAUCAUAACAGUUUACACGAACUAUGUAGGGUGUCGGAGAGACUUCCCUCGGUCUCAACCCCUGGAAGCCGUGAUCGAACGAUGGUAUAUUAUGAGCUACAACCACUUCCCUUUGAUGAUUGGACGCGCACACUUCAAUUGCUUCUCGAUGCCGGAGUUAAUAUCAAUACAGUUGAUUGGAAAGGGAACACGCCCCUGCAGCUUUGCGUACAGAGAGCUGCUAGCAUCCCUGUUAUUGACACAAUGCUCAAACUAGGAGCCAGUCUGUACGAGGCAGGGAAAGAUGGGUUAGAUUGCUUCCAGCUUGCACUUCUAUAUUCCGAUGAAGUAGGUAGUUGGGACAUAAUGGGCUGUCUUCGAACCUACGCCAACACUCAUCCUGAUCCAAUACACUAUUUCUGCCAGGGAGGCUUUCUCAUCGCUGCCGAUACUCCCAUAGACAAUGAAGAAACUCGCUACCUCCAGGUCCUCCGCCAGACCGGUGCUAUCAACUGUGAGACGCGGUCGGGUCGUACCCUCAUCUACGAAGCCGCCAGUCGAGGAAACACACGCUUGGUACAAAGGUUGCUGGAACAUGAUGCGUAUCCGCAUUAUACAGAUGACUUUGGUAGUUCCGCACUGCAUGCAGCGGCCAAGCAGCAAGCUCCGACAACGGUAGCCGUCCUCCUACAGGCUGGAGCAGAUGUCCAUCACGCUUCUGUGGACGAGUGUGGCUCAACUCUUACGGGUACCCCCCUGCAUGUUUGUCUCGAGGCCUGCAAUGGCGCCAAAAUCAAGAGCGAAGCAGUUGAAACAGUUCGUAUCUUGCUGAGCUAUGGCGCUGACCCAAAUUAUGCCGUGGUCAGGGACGAUCAUACAGAGACAUGCCUCUCACUCUGUCUCAAGGCACUGUGCCGCUCAAUAUACUAUCCCAAGCUCGACGCAAUACAGUCUGAAGGUUCAGAUGACCCGGUACUAGAGGUACUGAAACUACUGGUUGAUGCGGGAGCACGAGUCGCUGAGAGCGCGGAUGAUAUCAUAGUUGGUACUGUUGCGAAAAUGGAGGGUCACGAAUCUCUGUGGGAGACAAUGAGAUCGCAAUUAAUGCCGCAUAGGCUAUCAAGUCUAGGGGCUGAGUGA